AUGGCUGCACAGAAGACUGCGAACAACGUGAAUGAUGUUUUAGCCACAUUGGAGAAUGUCAUUCGCGCCGACACGGAGGCUACGGUUGGAGACCUGGACCUGCUGAAUAGGGUCAACCUUCAUGCCACCGAGCGGUACAAAGCUAUUGCGGAUGCAGCGGUGGGGCUGGAAACUGAUAGCGAAUACCUUGGGCAAAAAUAUGCUGAGAUAGAGAAGUACAAACAGCAGGUGGAUAACCUGGAUGAGCGUGUUGGCGACUUGGAAGCCAUAGUUAAGGAGUUGGAGGAAUGGACCGGGGAGCUGGAGAUCAAGGUGCGAAGGCUUUCGCGACGUAAUUAGCUCUGCGCAGACUUUUCGGAAUAUUUUUUCUUUCUUUUCCUCCUCUUUCCUCAAGAGAAGUGGAGCAACACACCUGCAGUAACACGGGUUCAAGCUACUAAUUCAGGUUCGGCGGUAUGAUUAUUAUUGGGACACCGUAGAAAAGCAUUUCGACAAAGUAUCGUCGGUCUGUCGUGGCGGGGGUUCCUUCCACCUAUGACAGCAAGGCAAACUUCUCUGUAAAUCACACGGCCAGAUCUUGCAUAAGGCUGUAGAAGAUAAUAUUAUGUACCGCAGCAAGAAUGCGGGAUUGCGCACGGUCAGGGUAUGGGUCAAAGAUGUCCGUUCUGGGGAAGUUCCCAGUACCGGUAUGAUAAUAUUAUGAUACCUCAUCUUUGUACGGUGCUCUCUCUCUCAGCGAGUUGAAGCUGCAGUAAUUUAACUUGUAUCAUACGG